AUGGCGGCUGGGAAUUUACGUGUUCCAAUAAAGCAGGAGACGCCGUGCGAGUUCGCCCACCAGAUCGUGCACACGUUCAGACCCGCGUCCCCGCUACCUGCCACCACGUACGGCGGCAGCAGGGCCUCCCCGUCGCCGCCUCAGCCGAUGGCGUUCUCCGUCUCCCGCGGCGUCGUCUCGCCCCAGCCGCUCGUCGUCCCCGCGAGGCUCUCGUCAUCUCCUUCCGAGCUGAUCACCAUCUCCGCCCGUCUCUCCCCCCCCGGCCGGUCGUCCGCUUUCUCCUCCGCUGCCGGCGUGCCGUCGCCCCGGUCGUGCUCCCCCUCCGCCUCGGGCGGCGGCGGCGGCGGCGGCGGCGGCGGCGGCAUCUUCUCCCCGCUCCGCGGAGUCGCCCACGCCGCCCCGGCGAACGUCGCGGCAUUCGGCCCCGCGGGCCAGCAGCAAGCAUUCGCCACCGACGUCCCCGACCGGGCCUCCCGCCUGUCCUUCGGGCCGGAUUGCGGCGCCCAGCCUCCGACCCUGCUCGUGGGCCAGCCCGCCCGGUGGCCCGAGGGCGGGGGCCUCCGCCGUCCCGUCGCCAUCUCCGGAGCCGCUCCGCCCUCCGCGGGCCGGGCCGACGCCUCGCGCUCCUACCGGAUGGCGCAGCCGACGCCGCCGCUGCCGCCGAGCGGACACCGGUCGGGCCUCGACGCGUCGGGGCAGCGGACGCCGUCCGCCUACGGGGCGAUGCCGGCGUCCGGCGGAGCAGAGGUCGCGGGGUCAAAGGGCUCGCCCGGCGAGAGGCCGCCAUUUGGGCCGGCGGGAGGGCGGGGGGCGACCUGCGGCGUGCCGUUUGGAGAGGCGCCCGCGUGGAACCCGGCGGCGGUGAAGGAGGAACCCCCGGACGGAGACGUGUUUGGCAUAAAGGAGUUCAGCAUGCUGGAGGAUGUUUCAGAGAUAAUACGAAGAGAUCUUAAUGACCUCCCGGCAUCUUAAGAGUACAAGAAACAAGUGUCCGAGCGUGCAUUUUCUCCAACGCUGAAAGUAUGCCAGUGGGAUCCCUGAAAAUAGUGAGCGAAUUCAAGGGUGCAACUGCCCUGAUAUAACCUGGUUAUUAACAAAACUCCAUUAUUUCCACGAAGACCACGUCUAUCAAACCUGCACAUUGAAAUGCCAUUCAUAUUGUCUAUUAUAUUAUAAGAUAAACAAAAAAAAUCGAUAUACGAUAGAAAGGUUAAAUAUCUCUAUCUGAAGCCACCGAAAGUGACAAGCCGUUCAUGUUUUGUUUGGACACGGUUGAGAGUCGAGAUGGAGAGAAACCAGGGCUUCUCUUUGUCGGGUCUCUAGUGAGGUACUUGCUUGGGACGCUACUAAAACUAAACUAUGUUUAUUUUAGCAGCUAAGGCACACUGAACUCUGCAGCUCUUUUUUUCAGAAGCGUCCUGGCCACAAAUGUUACCUCAACGAAGUGGCUUAUCGUGUGGAAAUUUAUC